CACACACACAAACAUGUCCUCUUCCUCCCCCACCGGGCAGAUUGCAAGUGCGGCGGACAUCAAGCAGGAGAAUGGGAUGGAAAGUGCCUCGGAAGGGCAGGAGGCGCACCGCGAGGUGGCGGGGGGCGCGGCGGCCAGGCUGAGCCCCCCGGCUCCAGCCUCGUUCCCCCUGGAGCCGGGGGACGCCGCGGCGGCCUCCGCCGCCAGGGUGAGCCGAGAGGAAGGGGCAGCGGCGGUGGCGGUGGCCGGGGCGGCGGCGGAUCAGGUACAACUGCACUCGGAACUUCUGGGCGGGCACCCGCACCACGCCGCCGCCGCCCCCGCGCGGACCCCGCUGGCCUUCUCGCCCGACCACGUCGCCUGCGUGUGCGAGGCGCUGCAGCAAGGGGGUCACCUGGACCGCUUGGCCCGGUUCCUGUGGUCCCUACCCCAGAGCGAUCUGCUACGUGGCAACGAGAGCCUGCUGAAGGCGCGGGCGCUCGUGGCCUUCCACCAGGGCAUCUACCCCGAGCUCUACAGCAUCCUCGAGAGCCACAGCUUCGAGUCGGCCAACCACCCGCUGCUGCAGCAGCUCUGGUACAAGGCGCGCUACACCGAGGCCGAGCGAGCCCGCGGCCGGCCCCUGGGCGCCGUGGACAAGUACCGGCUGCGCAGGAAGUUCCCCCUGCCCCGCACCAUCUGGGACGGCGAGGAGACCGUGUAUUGUUUCAAGGAGAAGUCGCGCAACGCGCUCAAGGAGCUCUACAAGCAGAAUCGCUACCCGUCGCCCGCCGAGAAGCGGCACCUGGCCAAGAUCACCGGCCUUUCCCUCACCCAGGUCAGCAACUGGUUCAAAAACCGCCGGCAGCGCGACCGGAACCCCUCCGAGACCCAGUCCAAAAGUGAGUCGGAUGGCAAUCCCAGCACUGAAGAUGAAUGCAGCAAGGGUCAUGAGGAUUUGUCUCCACACCCAAUCUCAGGUUCUUCAGAUGGUGUCACCAACCUCAGCCUUUCUAGUCACAUGGAACCAGUAUAUAUGCAGCAAAUUGGAAAUGCUAAGAUAUCGUUAAGCUCUUCUGGUGUUUUGUUGAAUGGAAGCUUGGUACCUACGAAUACUUCACCUGUUUUCCUUAAUGGUAAUUCUCUUAUUCAGGGACACAAUGGAGUUAUCCUUAAUGGGUUAAAUGUGGGGAGUGCACAGACAGUGUCACUGAACCCACCCAAAAUGUCUUCGAACAUUGUGAGCAAUGGUAUGGCCAUGACUGACAUACUGGGAUCUACCUCCCAGGAUGUAAAGGAAUUCAAAGUCCUCCAGAGUUCUGAAGCGAAUUCAGCAGCCACCACCGCAUACAGCCCCAGUGCCCCUGUGUCAUUCCCUGGGCUGAUACCUAGCACUGAGGUGAAAAGAGAAGACAUUCAAGCAGCAGCUUCCCAGGAUGGGGGCUCUGUAGUGACUUUUACUACACCAGUUCAAAUUAACCAAUAUGGCAUUGUCCAGAUCCCUAAUUCCGGAACAAACAGCCAGUUCCUUAAUGGGAGCAUUGGAUUCUCUCCACUGCAGCUGCCUCCUGUCUCAGUGGCAGCAUCACAAGGUAAUGUUUCAGUAAAUUCAAGCACUUCAGAUGGGAGCACAUUUACAAGCGAGUCUGCCACAGUCCAGCAAGGAAAGAUUUUCUUGAGCUCUCUUGCUCCCAGUGCAGUGGUCUACACUGUUCCUAAUUCAGGCCAGACUGUAGGAUCUGUGAAACAGGAAGGCUUAGAAAGAAGCCUGGUGUUUUCUCAGCUGAUGCCUGUCAAUCAGAAUACACAAGCAAAUGCAAACCUCUCAUCAGAAAAUAUCUCCGGGAGCAGCCUCCAUUCAUUGGCCUCCUCCUUAGUUAAUGUAUCCCCCACUCACAAUUUUUCCCUAACUCCCCCUCUGCUACUAAAUCCCACUGAGUUAAACCCUGACAUUGCUGAUAACCAGCCAAUGUCUACACCUGUGGCAAGCAAAUCUACUGUGACAUCUGUCAGCAACACUAACUAUGCAACUCUUCAGAACUGCUCCCUGAUUGCUGGUCAAGACCUACUGUCAGUUCCUAUGACCCAGGCAGCCCUUGGAGAAAUAGUUCCUGCAGCCGAAGACCAAGUGGGUCAUGCCUCCCCAGCAGUACACCAGGAUUUUGUCCGAGAACAUCGUUUGGUUCUGCAAUCAGUAGCUAACAUAAAAGAGAAUUUAUUACAAAAUUCUGACAGCAAAGCCACAAGUAUCUUAAUGAUGUUGGACUCUAAAUCCAAGUAUGUCUUAGAUGGCAUGGUUGAGACUGUCUGUGAAGACCUGGAAACAGACAAAAAGGAACUGGCCAAGCUUCAGACUGUCCAAUUGGAUGAAGAUAUGCAAGACUUAUAAACAUUGUUGCAUACACCCCCUUCCCAACACACACACACACACACACACACACACACACAUUUCUGUUGGCAUCAGCAACAAAUUGUUACAUGAAGCUCCAAAAUAUAAAGCAUUUUCCCAUUUAAAGGAAAACAAUCUAAUUGUGCAAAUAAUUGCAUUCAAAAAAGACUGGGUUGAUCUGCGUGAAGACCACAGUUAACUACACAGGAGCAGAAAUGCACUAGCGCUGCCUUUGUGUUCACAUAUAAUCUCUAAGGAGAUGGCAAGGAAGGAAUAAGAUGAAGUGUAUCAAGUGAGAAUAUGCCAUUUAGUUGGCAAUACAGGUCUAAGGUUGAAGUGAAACUUGAUCAUUUUUUAUAUUGAAAGUAUAUACAUCUAACAAUAGAAAAUUAAAUAUAGGUACAGACUAUUAGAAACAAUGCAAUUUGUUUUUGUUUACUUUACUUCAUGGGCAUUGAUCUGAUUAAGGAACAUAAAUGGUACUCCAAACUAUUAUAAGACUAUAUUUUGGAAGUUAAGUAGUUUAAAUAUAUGUAUAUGUAUAUGUACAUGCAUACAUACAUUUAUGUUUUUCAGCAUUUUUGAGAAAGUCUUGGUUUUAAGUCUCCACACAUUUCCAAAUGUGACUGCUAAUAGUUUAAUGUGACUAAGAAAGUUUGAAACUCCACUAAAAACUGAAACAGGCUUCAGUGUGAAUGUAAAUAUAAUCUCAAUUCUAUAAGCGGGAUUUGAGUGAGUACAGCAAAUUUUAUUUAUACUGUGUGUUUCUCUUAUACUUCGGGCGCUAUGAACUGAAAAGAAAAAAUGCUUUCUUACUGUUUAAUUUAUUUUUAUUGCUUGAACAGGAAGUGAACAUCUUUGUUUCCAACAAAGUUUUACUUUUUGUAGGAUUUUAAAAGCAAUGAUUUUUAUUAGGAGUCUAUUAUGGUCAAUAUUAAUAAUACUGAAACAUUAACUCUUAACUCCCAAUAUUGGAAUUUUGGUUCUUUUCUUUCACAUCUUUGUUUAGCAACUCUGGUUCAUUUAGAUAUGUUUUAUAUAGAAUUCUAUGUGCCUUUUUACCUUGUGGCCUUUUUAUAUUAGUAGUAAGGUACAGAAGUAUCAACAGAAGCACUGAUGGUUUUAUUUUUUUUCCUACUAUCUAACAGGGUUAAUUUCUAUCACAGAAUUUGUUUUUAACCUGGAGAACUUAAGUUUCCACAAGUAUUAUUAUGUAUAACAUCAUACAAAUGAGUAACCAACUAUUGUUGAUGGCUUUCAUUACAGUAAAACAAAUCAUAGAAGAGCAC